AUGGCUUUCCACACCCUCCUCCGAGCUAGAGCUCCAGCAGCUCUUGCUCGAAGGGUUUUGGCGCCGUCGAAGCAGUAUGCCCGUCUGCUCAGUACUUCCGCGCCUCGUCGAUCCGACUCAAACGACCUGAACAAGAUCUCGCGGUCCAUCACACAACCCAAGUCGCAGGGUGCCUCGCAGGCUAUGCUUUACGCAACAGGCUUGACGGAUGAGGACAUGUCGAAAGCCCAGGUGGGCAUCUCGUCGGUCUGGUUCGAAGGAAACCCCUGCAAUAUGCAUCUGAUGGACCUGUCGGCAAUCGUCAAGGGGUCAGUCACCAAAGCUGGUCUCAUUCCCUACCGGUUCAACACCAUUGGUGUCUCGGAUGGUAUCUCUAUGGGCACAACAGGCAUGCGCUUCUCUCUGCAGAGUCGCGAGAUCAUCGCCGAUAGUAUCGAGACAGUCAUGGGCGGACAAUGGUACGAUGCGAACGUCUCCCUCCCCGGAUGCGACAAGAACAUGCCUGGUGUAUUGAUUGCAAUGGGCCGUGUGAACCGACCGAGUAUCAUGGUCUACGGUGGCACCAUCCAGCCCGGUUGCAGCAAAUCGGGCGAAUCGAUUGAUAUCGUCAGUGCAUUCCAAGCGUACGGACAGUACAUCACGGGCGAGAUCACUGAGGACCAACGGUACGACAUUAUCCGCCAUGCCUGCCCCGGCAAGGGCGCCUGCGGUGGUAUGUACACGGCCAACACACUGGCGACGGCUACCGAAACCAUGGGCAUGACUCUACCCGGGAGCAGUAGUUUCACCGCCGACAGCCCCGAGAAGAAGGCGGAAUGCGAGAACGUCGGCGAGGCCAUCAAGCACAUUAUGCGCGAAGGAAUCCGGCCUAGCGACAUCUUGACACGCCAAGCUUUCGAGAACGCCAUGGUGGUGGUCAACAUCAUGGGCGGCAGCACCAACGCUGUCCUUCAUCUGAUCGCCAUCGCCGACUCGGUGGGCAUCAAGCUCACCAUUGACGAUUUCCAGGCCUGUAGUGACCGGACGCCUUUCCUUGCUGACUUGAAGCCUAGCGGCAAGUACGUCAUGGCCGAUAUGCAGAAGAUUGGUGGCACGCCGGCGCUGCUCAAAUUCCUGCUGAAGGAGGGCAUGAUCGACGGCAGCGGCAUUACGGUCACAGGCAAGACGAUGAAGCAGAACAUCGAGGACUGGGGGCGGUCGUUUCCCGACGACCAGAAGAUUAUCCGGCCUUUCAGCAACCCGAUUAAGCCUACCGGCCACAUCCAGAUCCUGAAGGGCAAGCUGGCGCCCGGCGGUAGCGUGGGCAAGAUCACCGGAAAGGAGGGUCUCGUGUUCACGGGUAAGGCGCGGUGCUACGACAAGGAAGACGAUUUCAUCGAGUCGCUCGAGAGGGGCGAGAUCAAGCAGGGCCAGAAGACGGUUGUUAUAAUCCGGUACGAGGGCCCCAAGGGCGGACCAGGAAUGCCGGAGAUGCUGAAGCCCAGUUCGGCCAUCAUGGGCGCCGGCUUAGGCAAGGACGUGGCGCUACUCACCGACGGACGAUUCUCCGGUGGCAGUCACGGCUUCUUAAUCGGGCAUAUUGUUCCUGAGGCCAUGGAGGGCGGACCGAUCGGUUUGGUGCAGGACGGAGAUACCGUCACUAUCGAUGCGGAGAAACGGGUUAUCGAGUGUGAUGUCAGUGAUGAGGAGAUGGAAAGACGGCGGAAAGAAUGGAGGGCGCCGCCGCUCAAGUAUAAGAAGGGCACGCUGACUAAGUACGCGAGGUUGGUGAAGGAUGCUUCGCAUGGCUGUGUUACCGAUGGACAGUCAUAA